AUGUCCUUCAACCCGGACCAACUCGUUCUCCCACGCCCUAGAGGGGAUGUGGCAUUACCGCAACCACCAAUUUCCGGCCCAUCUGAGGAAACCUUCACCAAGACUUUUGGUGCACUUCUCCCACCCGCCAAGUUUCUCAACACGGCCACAGGAAAAGCUGCAUACUAUGAGUUACUUCCCUCGUCGCCCGGUGAUGAUUCAAGCACGCCUAGCCGUGUGCUUCUUAUUCAUGGCGUGCAGACCCCGGCUCUUGGCAUGCUGCCACUCGCACGGGAGCUCCAUACAUCAUUCCCAAACGCACAUCUCGUACUUGUCGACCUCUGGGGCCACGGUCUGAGCGACACACCUAUUGUCCCACACGAAGCAGGACUAUUUCACCAAUUGCUUGAUGAUCUACUUGACCAGCUAGAGUGGCCUUCAGCCCAUCUUGUGGGGUAUUCCUUUGGCGGAGCACUUACAGCUGGAUACGUUGCGUCGCGGCCAUCGCGAGUGCAGAGUUUCACGCUUGUUGCCCCGGCUGGCCUCCUUCGCUUUACCGAUUUCUCGGCCGAGGAGCAGGGCUACUUACGCGGCGGUGACGAAGCCGCAGCAAGGGAGUGGGUGGUCGAGUGGCUGGAAGGCGGCGAGUUGACUGUGCCAGCGGACUGGGAGAAGCGCGUUGAGAAGGGUGAAGUUGUUGCCGAAGCCGUCAAGGAGUGGCAGAUGCGCAAGCAUCCUGGGCAUACCGCUUCUGUUGUUGCCAUCGAACUGGGAUCCCGGCUCUGGCGGUCCUAG